AACGUAUGUUUGUUUACAUCGACGCAACCAACCAGUCUGACACGCCGCAUGAGUCUGUGAUAUAGGCAAUUUUGUGCUACGGUUGAAUUCCAUUUGCGGCAAGCAAGAAAUGCAAUGUUUUGUGUAAACAGUUGGCCCACGAGCCACUCGAAAAGAUCCGUGCUUUAGUAUUUGGGCCAGUAGAAAUGUUGCCGCAGUACGAACGACUCGUGGAUGGCGCGGCGAGCGAUACUGGCCCGGGCGGAUAUGCGGGUAGCGGCACUGGUGGUGGUGUAGGCAGUCUGCGGCGAAGCAAAUUCCGCGUCCGCUUUGGCCGGCUGGCCGUGGCGACGGUGAUGCUCCCGGUGGCAGGAUUUCUGUUUUGCGUCAUCUGGUCGCUGCUGUACAACUUCGAGCAGGCGAACGCGACACACUGUCUGGUGUACAAUUUUCUGCCCUCGCUGUCGGCCGCCAUCGGCAACUACCAGCCGCAGCGCUUUGUGUGGCAGUUUUCGGUCCUGUUCCAUGCUCCGUUCCGGUACGCGAUUGCCUUUCUGUACAAAAACCAUCACCUGACGCUGCUGUCCCGCAAGCACCGCAAAGAAUGGGCCUACCUAGCGUGCAUACUAAAUAUUAUCGAGCUAAGCUCGCUCGUUGGGUUGAGUUUAUGGACUUCCAGCAACAACUACGAAAUUCACAAAAUUUGUUUCAGUGCCUUUGUGAUAUGUUCCAUCAUCUACAUGUAUCUUGUGGUGCUGAUCAACCGGCUCACGCGCACCGAGGAGCUGCUGACGCUGGCGGAGCGUAAAUCGCUGCGCUACAAGCGCCGCCUGCUGCUGCUGAACGUGGCCUCGAUUAUGUUCGCGGUGUACUUCUUCGUGCGCCACAACAACCACUGCGAGCCGGGCAUCUACUCGCUGUUUGCGCUCAGCGAGUACGUGUUCGUGUACUCCAACAUCGGCUUCCACAUGACGGCCUACUGGGACUUUAUCAACGCACACGUGUACUUCCACUGGCGCACCGGCAUUCACUUCAGCGCCGUCUGAGAGAGAGGAGGGGUUGGGUGGGGGGAGAUGGUGUGAUCUCGCCAAAGGACGCUGGCUGCCGCGACGACGCCUAGACGCGCAUACUUGGAUCUUAGAAGAUAAGAUAGCAGCAAUACGCUUGUGUAUGUAUAUAUAUAGCUCCACUCCAUAACGUUUACGACGCUUCGGUAGGUUUGUUCUUAUUCCGUUCUUUUUUUUUAUUCGCUUUAACUUUUUUUCGUCUGUUUGCUGUUGCUUACUUUUGUAAGGGACGAGGUAAAAUGCAACGAACCAGCGUGUCGAUAACCGUUAAACAAGAGAAAAUAAUGUACACUCUAACAAGUUUCGUAAAAAUAAAUUGCAACGAAAGGGUGGGCUUUCGGUGGAAUAUGAUUCCACCCCGCAAUAGGGCCCCCGCAUAAUAGUAA